UAUUUCCGGCUCAGUUCGGGUAUUUCCGGCUCAGUUCGGCAGCCGUGCUCGUGGGAGAGGCUCCGACUUUAACCGAAAACGACUUUCAUUCCGCCGGAUCGUUUCACCUGGACAGCGCGAGGAGUGUGGAUCGCGCGCACACACACACUUACACACACACACACACACACACACACUCACACAGUCGUAUACAACGCAGGAUUUCCCUGGUGACGGAGGAAUGUGGUGCAUUUGAGUCUCUUAUUAUUUAAUUUGACGUUUUCUCGAACACGUCCUCGUCUGGAACGCAGAUUUCAAAGGUUGUAAACAUGGCGUCUGGAGGAUUCAAGUCCAGUGCAGCCACAGAUUUUCUGGAGGAAUGGAAGGCAAAGCGGGAGAAAAUGCGUGCGAAGAUGUUGGGGGACAUCGCAGCCAUCACAAGUGUCAACGUGAUUACGACGGGCACCAGCAGCACGAAGGCCCCGGAAACCCGAUCCGUACCAGAUCUCAACAGCUCCAACGGAAAUCCGGAGCGGAGCGGCUCCGUGCCUCUUACAGUGGCUCGGUCGGCUUCGUCUUCCACCCUGACCAGGAGAGCAGACGAGGAACCGCUCGUGUACACGGCUCCGGCUCAGGCGUCCACACCGGUGGCACGAGGAUCCGACUCCAAGAAAUCCACAGAGAAAUUGCCGGAGCCUGGAAGCGCUUCACUGUGUCCGGACAGUGACCUCGAGAGUCCCAAAGGGAAGGAGAAGAAGAGUUCAGGUCCCAGCGCUCGCAAAGGGAAAGGGCAGAUAGAGAAGAGGAAGCUGCGUGAGAAGCGCCGGUCCACAGGAGUCGUCAGCAUCCCGUCCAACGAGAGUUUGGACGAACUGGAUGAUGAUGAUGGAGAUAAGGAGGGGAAGAAUGAAGAAGAGCUCACACAGCACAACACUGUGCAGAAUGAGUCCAUGGCCUCCGACCCUGGAGCUGGACACACACAGGAUACAACGAGGUCAGGCGCUGGCCGCUACAAAAGUGAGGAGGAUGUAGGAGGAAACAGACAUCGGCAGACUCCUGCUCGUCAUGGCAACCCAGGACUGGAGAGGAGGAUUGAGGAGCUGGAGAAGGAGCUGGCUCUGGAGAGGCAAGAGAACGCUCGGCUGUUGAAGUCUCAUCAGGACAAAGACGAGCUGAUUGUUAAACUAAAGGAGGAAGUCGAUCUGUUAAACCGGGACCUGGACGAUAUCGAGGAUGAGAACGAGCAGCUGAAGCAGGAGAAUAAAACUCUGCUGAAGGUCGUAGGUCAGCUGACCAGGUAGAAGCACGAGGAGAUGAACGCUGUGAUAUUAAACACAGAGAAGUUUAAUAGAAAGGUCUAGAAAAGUCCUAUUUAAUGUAAAUGUGUGUGUACAUAAUGGAAUAUGACAGAGGAUGAAUGUACGUUGCUAUGGCGUCACUUGUCUGUCAGCAUUUCUUUUUAUUUGGUAGUUUAUUUUGGCCACGUCCCAAACGUUAGCACAUGAUAAUUAUCUUUCUUGCUGAAACAUUUAGCCUUUAUUUAGCCUAGAUGGUAAUAUUUUGGAAUGCUAAAGCAUAGCUAGCUGCUAAUAUCUUAAUUAAUAGACUACAUUAGCAACAAAGUUGAUGUUCUAGCAGUUUUCUAUAAAGCGGUAGCAUUUUGUCAUGUUUUGGUUAAAAUCUAAGUCAUAUUCUAGCUUCUAAACACUUACCUAGCUAACAAAUCAGCACACACACAGUAUCCAGAUUACAAUUAUUCCAUUCUAGCAUUGCUAACUCAUACUCUAGCUGCUAAUUCACCUAAAACACAGUUAUUGAUUACUGUUACACUACAGCAAAGUUCUAACAUAGUUACGUUUUUGGCUAAGUGUUGAUUUAAAGUAACACAUCUUUUCAUAUGCUAGCUGAUAAUUAGCCUUUUUUUAGCUAAUAGCUAUAGUAACAACAAAUUCUUCUAUAAACACUAGUAUUUUGGAGUGCUAACUCACAUGCUAGCUGCUAAGUAGCCUAUAACCUAGCUAAUAAAAUGGCUAUACUAGUACAAUUUCAUGAUUUCUAACACUAAAACAUUACAGUAUUGUGUUGUGUAGCACUAAUCUCACCAUGGUAGUUAUUAGCAUAUUAGCUGUUAAUUAGGCUACAGUAGCUCGACAUUUUCUAAAAAUAUAUUGAGACACUAGUAUUCUGGAGUGUUUAGUUGAAUGUCUGGUGAUUAGCAUUAUACGCUUUUAGCUAAUCAGUUAAAACCUAGCAAAUUGGCUGAACAGCAGCUAGCAGCUGAAGUAAUCAUUAUCUUGUCUUGUAGCACUUUAGAUUCCUUAGAUGCAGGUUGCUACGUAUUCUGUCUGACUGCUGGUUGCUGACAGUUUGCUCGCUAGCUGAUAUUGUACAGAAUGUAAUAACAUUCCCUUUAAUUUUUACAAUAGCUAGCAUUCUGGAACUUUAGCUGAGUGUUAUUCUUAGCCCAGAUGUCUCACAUCAUUGAUUAUUCUUAGCGCUAAUCCUCCAUGUUAGCUAUGAAUUAGUGAAUUAUCUGUCUGUUAAUUGAGUGUGUUGAUUUCUGACUCCUAUCAAACAUUAGCAUUUGUUUUGUUAGCUGCUCACUAGGCUAGCGAUUAUGAAUAUUGUAACAUUUUACUGAAAAUCAAAAGUUCUCUAUUUUCUAGCAAAUGCUAACAUUUUGGAUUCAUUAGCUGAAUGUUGAUUUUUUUCAGCGCUAGUCACGUUUCUAGCAUCUUAUCUAUAAAACGGUAAUAUUUAUUAAUAAUUUGUUAUUGUUAAUCUUGUGUACUAGCUGCUAAUUAGCUAUAUAAUUUUUGCAAAUCCUUUAUGAAACGUUAGCAUGUUUGGAUUCUUUCACUGCAGAGUGCCAUCACAUAUGCUAGCUGCUGACUAGCCACUUAGCUAGCUAGUGAAGAGUGUAAUGAAUGUCAUGUUCAUUUUGCUCUAAAGAAAAGCUAGAAUUUUGGAGUUGUUAGCUGAGAUCUCGAUUUAUUUUUAGCACCAGUCACAUUGGUUAGCUGCUAGUUAUUCUGUUAAAUAGUCACCGAAUUGGCUUUGAGGAAGAAAAACUUCAAAUAUUAAUUGAUAAUAGUAUGAUAGAAUUUACACAUUAUAUUUAGCAUUAAUUUGAUACGCUGGCUGCGCAUUAGUCGUGAUACGAUGGUCAUGUUUUUGCGGCUUUUUCAGUGAAAGGUUAGCGUGUUGAAUUUGAGAGUAUUCCUUUACUGCACUCAGCUUGCUAGCUAGCUGUUUAUCAUCAGUUUAUUAAAUUUAAAGGGGAGGAUUUUUUUUUUUGAGUGCUAAUUAUUACAUUUUUAUGUAAAACUAGCGUUUGGGACCAAAACAGGAUUUGUUUUGUCUAGAAUUGCACAUUAUUUCUGUAUUUGGUUAUUUUUGAAUAUCAGUUGUAGUUGUCUGUAAUAAAAGGCUUGAAGACUUUGGUCUCUGUAUGAAAUCACGUAUAACUGAUUAUUUUCCUCACUGUGGAAAUGUCUGUGAUGUAGAUGUCUUUUUGUUCAGUUGUGUUUUUUCACAUGUUUACAAGAUGUUUCUCUUGUCUGUGGUCUGCAGUGAUUCCUGAUAUCUGAUUGAUCAUCUAAAGCAAAUCAGAUUCUGCUUUUAGUAACUUUACACAGUGCUUAUUUGCCCUCUGUCCUUCAUCAGAACCUGCGGCUUUUCAUGAGAGAUCUGUUCUCUCUCUCUCUCUCUCUCUCUCUCUCUCUCUCUCUCUCUCUCUCGUCUUUAGCCUUAUGCAUGUACAGAAGAUAAAGUCACUUAAUAAAAAUUCUGAUUAUCUCACCGUA